AUGGGGACAAACACUUUUACGGAGAACCUCAAAGCUUUCUUCCGUGCCAUUAAGCAAGACAAUGAACUGCAAGGGAAGUACAUGCGUGCUCCAACAAAAGCAGAUGCACAGCGGAUCACAGCUUUGCACGAACGGAAGCAUGGAGUUCCUGGGAUGCUCUGCAGUAUUGACUGUCUCCACGUCUUCUGGAAGAACUGUCCAGUGGCAUGGCAGGGGCAGUUUCGGAAUGGCAAGAACAAGCAUUCCUCCAUCGUCGUGGAAGCUGGGGUAGAUUACAACACCUGGGUUUGGUCUGCAUCGAUCGGUCAUGCUGGAACUCAGAGCGACAUCAAUAUCUGGGAUCAGUCUCCUCUUCACCGAAUGUUCCUUUCGGAUGAGAUGGUGGAGAACAUAGACUUCAGCUUCCAUGUAGAUGGUGAGCAUUUUGAUAUGCUGUGGUGUCUUGUUGAUGGAAUUUAUCCCGCCACAGCUCGCUUUGUGAAGACCAUCAGCUAUCCAAUCGGUCAUGCUGCCAGGAUGUUUGUCGAGUGGCAAGAGGCCUGCAGAAAGGAUUCGGAAAGGACUUUUGGUAUUGUGGUUCGCAAGUUUCAGAUUCUAGCAAGGCCGAUGGAAUACUGGGACUUGGAAGAUGUUAAGAACAUCACUUACGGAUGCUUCGUGAUGCACAACAUGAUGGUGGAGCGUCGUGUGGAGAGGGAAGAGACAGAAGAAGCUGGCAUGUACGAUGUUCUCAGCAGCGCGGAGGACGAUCAAGAAGAAGCCAGAGGAGAUGACUUGGACCAAUUUGUUCGUUUCGCUCACAGGUUUACUCCACAGGCACGAGACAUGGCCUAUCAAAUCCAGCUUGCCAAGGAGCGAUUCACCAAGCUUAAUAACGAUGCACGUCAUGUGAGACUACAGCGGGCUAUCAUGAACCAUGUCGCGGCCAAUUAUAUCGAAGAGAAGAAGAGGCGAUCUCCAUCAUUGUGA